GUUACGUCGGUGCGGGCAUGCUGUCUGCAGCCGUGGCAGGGGGGGUGUUCGCGUCGCCGCCUCCGGCCAGCAUCCUGGCUGCCAUCCUGGCCUUACACCAAGCAGGAGCCGCAGGGGUCCUUCUCAUCGUAAAGAACUACACCGGAGACCGCCUCAACUUUGGACUGGCUGCGGAGCAGGCCCGCAACCGGGGGGUCCCGGUCGACAUGGUGGUAGUAGCGGAGGACUGCGCCUUCGACCGGCCCAGUAAGGCUGGCAGAAGAGGCCUGUGCGGCACCGUCUUCAUACACAAGCUGGCAGGAGCUCUGGCAGAAGAAGGCUGCCCGUUGGACCAGAUUGUUACCACAGUGACGCAGGUCUUGAAGGGGAUCGGUACGCUCGGGGUGAGUCUGUCUCCGUGCAGCGUUCCCGGCUGCCUGCCCUCGUUUGACCUGCCGCCAGGAGACAUGGAGCUGGGCCUGGGAAUCCACGGUGAACCAGGGGUCAAAAGGUCAAAGGUGGCGUCUGCAGAUGAGGUGGUGAAGACCAUGAUCGAUCACAUGACCAACCCAAUCAGCCAAUCGCAGCUGCCGCUGUGCUCAGGCGACAGCGUCGUUUUGUGCGUGAACAACCUCGGCGCUCUGUCCUGCCUGGAGGUGGCGGUGGUGACCGGAGCAGCCAUCGCCUGCCUGGAGGGUCGUGGCGUGGCGGUUGCCAGGGCGAUGUCCGGGCCAUUCAUGACUUCACUGGAGAUGGCAGGAGUGUCUUUGAGCCUGAUGAAGGUGGACCAAGAACUACUCAGACUGUUUGAUGCUAAAACCAGCGCCCCCGCCUGGCCGAACCUCAGCGGUGCGUGCGUGAGCGGACGCAGCUACGUCACCGAGCCUCCGGUCCCGAGCGCUCGGCCGCAGGACGACACGCACUCCAAAGGACCGCUGAGUCCUGCGAUGCGUAAAGUGUUGGAUAAGAUUUGCUCCACGCUGCUGGAGAAGCAGGAGGAACUGAACUCUCUGGACCGCGCUGCCGGGGACGGAGACUGUGGUAACACCCACGCUCAGGCCGCCAGAGCCAUUCAGGAGUGGCUCGGGGGUCACGUGGUCCCUGGUUGCCCGGGGCGACUGCUGGCGGUCCUGGCCAGGUUGGUGCAGGAAAAGAUGGGCGGGUCUUCGGGAGCGCUGUACAGUCUGUUCCUCACCGCCGCUGCCGGUCAUGUGACCGAGGGGCGGAGCGAUGCUGCCGCCUGGGCCAGAGCAGUGCAUGCUGGGACACAAGCCAUGAAGAGGUACGGAGGAGCCGACCUCGGCGACAGAACGAUGCUGGACGCUUUGUGUCCCGCGGCGGACGAGCUGAUGAAGCUGACUGCGGCGCCCCCGGCUGACCACGUGGCAGUACUGCAGGCUGCGGCACAGAAAGCAUCCUCGGGCGCAGAGGCGACUCGCGGCCUCACAGCCAGAGCCGGCCGGGCCAGCUACAUCGCCGCAGAACGGCUCACCCUGCCUGAUCCUGGCGCCGUGGCUGUGGCCGCCAUUUUGAAAGCUGUUGUGGAGACGCUGGAGGGGAAAUAAAGCUAAACCAAGAU